UCCUCCUCUCUCUCUCUCUCUCUCCCCCCACCCCCCGGUUCCCACGCACUGCUUCUCUACCCCUUCUCUCUUCCUCGGAGCCAUCGGUCUCUGGUUCUCCCACCGUCAAAUGCUCGCUGGCGCCGUUACGUCGGGCAGCUGCCUUCCUCCUGCUUACCUCGCCUGAGCCCCAACCUGGGCAGCUCUUCGGACAGGAGACUGAGUCCGGUUCUGCACCACACGACCACCUCCGUCUCCAAGCGAGUUCCGAAGUUCCCCGGGCGAGGAAGCCCUCCCGGGUUCGGAGGUUCCGAGGAGAAAUCUCGAGCUCCGUGGUCGGUCUUUGAUCUCGGUGUCGUUCCACCUCGUUCGAUUCUCUCUUUUUCGUUUAGGGUUUCGAGCUCUGGAUUAGUGGGAUCUUAGUUUCCUGUUGCCGUUUUGGUGCAGAUUUGUUGAGAGGUUUCUGGAGGAGAGGAGUUAUUAGGGCCGAUUUCGGUAUAAGGAAUCUUUCUGGGAGAGAGGGGGUUCGGCUUUCCUAGCUGGGAUCUUUGAUUUCGAACUGGGAUGAGAUUUUGAGGGAUGGGGUUGGGUCCCGAGGAGUUUAAAUCGGAGGGAUGGGGCAGCGUUGGGAAAGGGAAGGAGAAGGGGAGUAAGAAUAAGAAGAGCAAGGCAAGGGAGGAGGAGACUGGAUGUUGGAUUAAGCGCAGAUUGAUGUGGAGUUGCAUCUCGUCAAGAUCCAAAGUGGAUACAUCCAUCAGUAAUGCCAGCACUCAUUGCGCAGAAAGUAAAUACACAAAUGAUGGCAGCAGGGACCAACCAGUUGCACCAGUAGUCUCUGGUUCCACAACCACAAGUACUGCUGAAAGUAACUCAUCUACUAAAGGAGGUGAGGAAUUAAAAGUUGCAUCUCAGUUGCGGAAGUUCACUUUCCAUGAGCUUAAGUCUGCCACAAGAAACUUUAGGCCGGAGAGCCUUCUGGGAGAGGGGGGCUUUGGUUGUGUCUUCAAAGGAUGGAUCGAGGAGAAUGGUACUGCUCCUGUGAAACCUGGUACAGGGCUAACUGUUGCUGUCAAAACACUCAACCAUGAUGGACUUCAAGGGCAUAAAGAGUGGCUGGCAGAAGUUAAUUAUCUUGGUGACCUUCAACAUCCAAAUUUAGUGAGGUUGAUUGGUUACUGUAUUGAAGAUGAUCAAAGAUUGCUGGUGUAUGAGUUUAUGCCUCGAGGAAGUCUUGAAAAUCAUCUUUUCAGAAGGUCCCUGCCUCUGCCAUGGCCCAUAAGAAUGAAGAUUGCUCUGGGUGCUGCAAGGGGCCUUGCUUUUCUCCAUGAGGAAGCAGAAAGACCAGUGAUAUAUCGUGAUUUCAAAACAUCCAACAUUCUAUUGGAUGCGGAUUAUAAUGCAAAGCUGUCGGACUUUGGGCUUGCUAAGGAUGCUCCUGAGGGGGAUAAAACUCAUGUGUCAACACGAGUGAUGGGAACAUAUGGAUAUGCAGCUCCAGAAUAUGUAAUGACAGGACAUCUGACAUCAAAGAGUGAUGUCUACAGUUUUGGGGUGGUGCUGCUCGAAAUGAUGACAGGGCGGAGGUCCAUGGACAGGAACCGACCAAAUGGUGAGCACAACCUGGUGGAGUGGGCACGCCCCCAGCUAGGAGAAAGACGACGCUUCUUCAGACUUAUAGAUCCUCGCCUGGAUGGCAACUUCUCAGUCAAAGGUGCUCAAAAAGCUGCCCAGCUGGCACAUGCGUGCCUCAGUCGUGAUCCGAAAAUCAGGCCUUUAAUGAGUGAAGUAGUGAAAGUCCUCAAACCAUUGAUCAACCUUAAAGACAUGGCGAGCUCCUCGUAUUUUUUUCAGUCAAUGCAAGCAGGUGCAGCAAACACCAACAAUCAGAAUGCAAGGCAUGUUUUAAAAUUACAGGCAUCCUUUCCAAGGAAUGGACAGCAGCCUGUGAGGAGCCAGCCUGGGAGGAGCCUCUCUAAUGGUUCACUUCCUUCUCCAUACCGCCAAUCUCCAAAGCCCAAUGGCAAACAACCAUGAGCACAUCGCUUUCGGUAACCUAUUUCGAGAAAGUACAAAUAUUGAAUGGUGAAAGUAUGCUGGACUGUGGUGUUUAAAUUUGUUGCAUAUCUGGUGAUCAAGGCUGAUGGACUCCUUGGAUAAAGGUUGAUGGAGGUGUGAGGGAUUGGUGUCAACCUUUGCUGGUUAUGAGUUACCAAAAAAAAAGAGUAACUGUGAAGAAUAUUUAUAGUUUGAUGCUUCCAUUGUCUUUUCUCCUGUUGUAGUAAUUGUCAGUUGCUCGGUAUAGCCAAUUGACACGAAGGAGGUUUUAUGGGGUCAUCAGGUCUCUUCUUGAAGCUUGAACAGUUCGUGAAUGAUUCUGAUUGGAGAAUCAUGGGGAAAACAUGGGAAAAACUUCUCUUGCUUUCCUCUUUUCGUUUUUUCUUUUUCAAAGAAAAGCGUUGCUUGUAAUUUAUAUCAA